GACUGUCGUCGCGGGAGCACCAUUGCGGAUGAACACGACUGCGGCAAGUAUUUCGAAUGUACCUCAAAAGGCUAUGAGCCACGUUAUUGCAAUCCGGAUCACCAGUUCAACGAUGAAAGUGGUCAGUGCGAGAAAAAAGUUUCUGCGUUCCCUUCAGUUACCGCUGUGAUUUGUGGCGUUGUUCGGAGGGCCGAGUGGUUGCAACUGAAAUCUGUGGACACUACCGGAUAUGCCAGGAUGGAGAAUGGCAUAAAGCUGUAUGCAAAGACAAUCGACGAUUCGCUGAUGGUCGAUGUCAAGAAACAAUCUGCCAGGAUGGGCAUGUGGACAGCGGUUUGCUUGAUGCAUUUUGUUUUGAAUGUUAGCAAAAUUUCGAAAGAAAAACCCAAACUAUUCCAGAAAUUAACUGUAUGGAUGUACGGAAGAAGCGAAGCGAUGGCAAGUAUCUAUGCGUUUCCUCUUUCGCUGCAUCCUUGUUGCUGUGUAGAAGAGAUGCCCGAGUCGUUGUGCAGAGAUGGACAUGCAAUUGCCGACGAUUCACACUGCAUGCGCUACUUCGUUUGCAAACAAGGCCGGUUUCGGGAGCAAUUUUGCAGCGAUGGUCAUUCAUUUGAUGGAAAGGUACUUCAUCUCAUGCUUUAGGC